AUUCCCACCCCUGUUGUUUAAAGCCUCAUCAAUAAACACCCAGCCCGCUCGUAAAGAGAAGCAGAGAGACAGACGUACCAAAGGCGUUCAGAGCUGCAUCACAUUCUCUUAAAGAUCAACAGAGUCAGCAGCAACCACGACAGAAACCUUUUAUUUACGAUGAGCUAAGCGGAUCGACUUAUCUUAGUUCUCCCUCUUUACGUUUUUUUCUAUUGACUUUUGGUUUAAUCCUUCUGAAAUCCCAUGCACACUAAACCACUACUAUUGCGCUUUUACUAGACGGAUGUUUUAAAGGGAACGACUACCUUCAAUUUGUUGUGACUAUGCCCGCAAUGGAUUUACAAGCGUUAAAUGAAACGUCUGGGAUUUGGGCAUGUCUCCAGUUUCAGAACAGUUCGGUUCUGAACGGGAGUUUGGAGGUUCCCAAUGGCACCUGCGGAGACGCGCUCCUGUUACCCAAGACGCAACCUGCGCGCCCCAAAGAAAUGAAUUCACUCCGCAUACUGCUCUACUCCAUCAUUUUCUUACUGAGCGUGUUUGGAAAUCUGCUCAUCAUCGUUGUGUUGAUGGUGAACAAACGAAUGCGGACGGUCACCAACUCCUUUCUGCUCUCCCUGGCCAUCAGUGACCUCAUGAUGGCCAUUUUCUGCAUGCCCUUUACUUUGAUUCCCAACCUGUUGGAAGAUUUCAUUUUUGGAGCAGCCAUGUGCAAGAUUGUGGCAUAUCUUAUGGGUAUAUCAGUCUGUAUAUCAACCUUCAGUCUGGUGGCUAUAGCAAUUGAAAGAUACAGUGCCAUUUGCAAUCCGCUGAAGUCCCGUGCAUGGCAGACCAGGUCCCACGCCUAUAAAGUCAUCGCUACAACAUGGGUUCUGUCCUUCAUUAUAAUGUCACCCUAUCCCAUCAUCAGCACCCUGGUCAAGGUACCCAACAACAGUGCUCACAUGUGCCGUCCCUCCUGGCCAAGGAGCGAGGUGGCGCAAGCAUGGUAUAUCCUGUUGCUGUUUGUACUGUUCUUCAUUCCUGGUGUGGUGAUGAUCAUCGCCUACGGGCUCAUUUCCCGAGAACUCUUCCGUGGAAUUCAGUUUGAAUUGGAGCAGAGGAAGGGACAAUGUGGAAUGAAAAAUGGUAUCAGUGGUGCUGUUUCAUGCAGCAGUGAUGAUGGAGAUGGCUGCUACCUCCAGGUGUCCAAGAGACCCAACUCCAUGGAGAUGUCAGCCCUCACCCCAACAGGCUCGGCAAAGGUGGACCGCCCCCGCAGCAAUACGUCCGAGGCGAAACUAAUGGCCAAGAAGCGUGUGAUCCGUAUGCUCAUCAUCAUUGUGGCCAUGUUCUUCAUCUGCUGGAUGCCUCUGUAUUCUGUGAACACCUGGAGAGCGUUUGACAACCGCUCAGCCCACAAAGCCCUCUCUGGGGCUCCUAUCUCCUUCAUCCACCUGCUGUCCUAUACCUCCGCCUGUGUCAACCCCAUCAUCUACUGCUUUAUGAAUAAGCGCUUUCGCAUGGCGCUGCUGACCACCUUCUCAUGCUGUUGCUGGCUCUGUCGCAGGCGGGGCUUUAAGGAGGGUGAUGAUGAGGUCACGGCCACCGGUGUCUCCAUGUCCAAGUUCAAUUACACCACCGUGAGCACCAUGGGCCCAUGCUGAUUCAUUUUCAGCAUAGGCUUCAGGUUGGGAUAGAUGGAGAACAUUGGGGAUCGAUGUUGACAGAUGGUCUGGGCUUAUAAGUUAAGUUAUAAAUAUAACUUCAUCUUAGUUUCAUCUUAGAACAUUGUGCCUAAAGUAUGAUGCUUUGACCUUGUUGAUGGGCGUUUGAUGUAAGUAGCCGUAUUUAAAUCAAAGAAGUUUGGUUGUAGCAAAUUUGUUGUGUAUCGCCCGCCUGCAACUAUGAAAACUGCAUGUUUCAUAAUUGAUUACUCAUGGUGUUACAUACAGUAUAUGACAGAGACUUAUAUAAAUGUAUGUACCUUAGAUGGCAAAACCUUCGGAAACCAUUUUGGCUACAAUAUCAUCUGUCACAAUCAAAUACUUGUUAUGUAUUGACUAUAUUCUGAUGUAUUGUAGAAUAAGUGAACUCUAGAAAAAUGCUCAGCUACGCAGUAACCAUUUCCUGAGGAAGUCUGGAUACGAGCCAAGCAGGACUCGUCGGUUCAUCAAUGUUAGAAAAUGCCAUGACGUCAUGACCUACCAACUUAGCGCUAUCAUCAAAUGUUCUUGAUGUUGCCGGAGAGUCGGCAGGCCAUUAACUCAGCAGGCAGUUGAGUCGGUAAGGCUGGUACCAUCCACCCACAUGUAUCCACCCCCUCCAGUUGUUAAACAGCUAUGUAAAUGAAGCUUACAGUGGAAAAAUAGUCGGGAAAUUGGCUAGUGGGAUGACAGCCUUAUAUAUUGUUACACUUAUGUUAAGUGCCUGCUUAGCAUAUCCAGUGUUCUUAAGAUCCCUUGUGCUGUUAGCGUUUUUCUUCAAAACCAUUGGUCUCAUCAGAAGAAGUACUGUGGAGGACUUCUUAUUCGAAGCCUUUAUCAAAAAUUAUGUUUUUAGCUGUUUAGGACUCUAGAAUACUGACAUAGCUCUGAAUUACCUCUGAAUUUCUCAUAUAACUCCAAUCAUAUCUGAGCCAACAUCAUCACUGUAUGUAAAAAGUCUUUGCAGUAUUACACAAAAAACUAUGUGUAUAACCAGUCACAGCAUUGUGUAGGUCUGCUGUGGGUUUUUGGCCAGUGACCUCAUUCCUCAUUUAUGUGAGUGUUUUUUAUAUAUCGUUUAGUUUUUAAGUUGCCCUUCAAGUCCUUCGCAGUUUGUGGCUCAUUGUCUUAAGUAGUCUCAAACGCUGAUGGCCUCUGAACUUUGGACUCACUGAUUGGGAUAAACUCAUAAUCUCAGCGGUUGAUUUAUGGCUGCUUCUGUGCCCUUGUACAUAUUGUAUAGCUAUCACUCUUAUCACGGUCAUCUGAAUGGAUCCUCAUCCAAUAACAGCACAGAAAACAAAGAAACAUUCAAGCCUGAUUCCCCAUUGUGCUUUUUCCACUUCAGAAGAUAGAAACAGAGAAUGUUAUUGAGGCUGGUUAGAGAGAGGAAAUGUCAAACCUUCUUGACUGCCCUUGCAUCCAUGGGAAGUCAGUGUGGUAUCCACUUUAUUGUUUUCCCAGCUAAAUUGCAUGGAUAAUAAUUAACCUUUCAUUCAUUUCAUUCAUAUGACACUAUAAAAAAAAAAAACUUGUUACCUCAUGUUUUUUUUUAACGUUCACAUUAUAAUCACGACUGUCAAAAUGUGCUUCAAUUUAUUGCGUAGCACUAUACAGUGUCAUUUAGUCAAAACAAUGUCAAAAGUUACUUUUGUUUUUAUUUUACAUUGCUUAUUUUUUAAUUUACCGUACAGUAGGACUAAGAAACAGUGCAGAAUGACCAGCAUAAAUCCUUAUAAAUAUCCGCUUGCAGUCCUUUCUGUUUAUUUUUCACCAACUCCUCUCUUCGCUGGCUUUUUGCCUCCAUUGUCUUUACUUUCUACUUUUGCAGUGUUCUGUAUUCUUAUUGGAUAAACAUGGCUUCAUAACCAUGUACUGUAAACAUUAACUAUGUUUCAAUGCAAAGUUGUGAAUUUAACUAUUGCACAAAGUUGGAAAAUCACAUAAAACAUACAGUAUGUGGAAAUCAAGUGCAGUUUCCAUCCAGUAAGUCGAAGGAAACAAAAUUGUAACGUCCUGAAAAAUUGGCAUUUUCAGACAUAUAUAACCAAAAAGGUAAAAAAUCGGUGCAAUAGCAGUUUACUGCAGGUUUUUUUCUUUAUACAGUAUAAUAGAUUACUUGGCCAAUAAAUGAAAGACCACAAUUUCAUCUUGUUUUCAGAGGUGUAUGCUUGUUUGGGAACACAGUCUAAGACAGUUCUGGGAGAUGAUUAUACCGAACUCUGUUGAGCACAGACUUUUAGAAUGACUAAAAAACCGUUCAGCCCACUGGUUACUCCAUCAAUUGAAGCAGUCACAUGACUUUUCUAAUGUGCUUUGAGGAAUUUAUUCAGCAAUUGUGUUUCAUCGUUUUUGUGAAUAUCCACUAGUUGGAAAAAUAUGACUCAUUAGAGCAGAAGACUUUUUAUGUGAUUUCUUAACACGCAUUUUCCCAUUUUAUGUGAUCUCCCAAAAUGCACAUAAAAUAGAUGGAUGGAAACCUGGCUAAUGAGAUUAUUGCAUCCUUAUCCCCAAGAUCCUUUUAACACGCUCUGUCCUGAUUACCUCCCAACGAACUGCAGACCCAUUUGUUCCUAUUUGAAUUCAUGGUCAUUCAUACAUUCCCUGAUGGACUAACCAGGGUUUAAUGGAGACGUGUCCAGGUAAUCGAUUAGCGGUCUGCAUUCAAGGCGGUGUUGCAAUUGAACUGCUUUUUGAUGUUUUAGCCUCUGAUCCAAAUUCUUUCUCAAAAUUAUAGUAUUUUUUAUGUUUUGCUCAGAGAGCAUUAAACAACCAAAUAAGUAAAAAAAGUUAAAAAACUAGUGAAGUAAAAAAAUUGAGCUCUUACUGAUUUCCUGGUUUGAAAAAAGGUCAAAAUACUUUUUGUAUUACCUCAUUUCAAAAAGGGUUUGGCAAUGUUUCUGUCAACAGAUGUUUCAGUUUUUUUCUAAUUAGAAGAGAAAUGAGGUCAGCAGAUAAUUUUAGGUCUGACAUUUCCAGACACAUUACGACUCUUUUUAUUGCAUCAAUGAAUACAAUACACGGCAAGUGGUAGAAAUCUUUUAUUUAAAUAGGCAUAUAACUUUCUCAGAAACAAUGUUAUUGAUAUUUAAAGCAACUGGCAAACUGAGUAAUGAGUCACGUUUUCUUUUAUAAAGCUUUUACAUUUAUUAAGGAUCCCAAACGAAGGAAAACUCAUAACCAAGUAGGGAUUUACGUUUGAAUGCUUAUUGAGCUCUAAAUGUAAUAGUAAAAUACAUCAUAGCGUGCAGCGUCAGACCUCGACUGCAAAGGAAUUUAUGGAUAUGAGUCUCUUUGUCUCUUUUUAACGGUGUUUUCGAAUUAGCAAAUGUGGAAUCAAUUAAAUUCUAAACACUUAAAUGAAAAUAACCAGACAGAAAGCAACAACAUCUGGCUGGUAAAUACAGUGAAACUGUAAUCGUUUAGAGAUUGUAAAGAGCUCGGCCUGUGGACAUUUUUUAUGUAUUUUUUGGCAAACUUAAUUUGUCUGACAUCACUACGUGUAGUCUGGAUGUCCCUCCUUCCAUUGUAAAUGCCCUCAGCAUGGGUGCUUUGUCUGAAAAUAGAAGGGUUUUAAACGUUUUAAUUUCCCUGUGGUGUCUUUCUUUGGGAAUGCUGAACAGUUUGACUGGGUUUGUGAGCUCAGUCUUGUACUGUUGAGCUCUCUUCUGAUUAAUAGUAACCACGAGGCAGACUCUGGGGUUAUUAUGAGAUUACUCACGCCAGAGCAAACACCACCUCUUCUCUCCUGUGCCUGGUGGUAACACAGGUGUCCGUAGACCUCAUCUUUCAUCUCCCUCCCCUUAAAAAUAAGAAUUACUUAUUUGUCAGCUUCCCAAAAUCCAUCGUUGUAUCAUCGAUUACAGAAAGCAAACGCAACAAAAGCUUAAGUACGUGAUUUCACUCUGAAUCGUCAAAAAACAAUGUAGAUUUGUUUCAUAAAAUUUUAAGUGUUGCAUUAAGACUAUAUUCAGUGACAGACUUUGACAUAGUGUCGCAAUAUGACGCACAUCUUUCAUCUGUACAGUUACAAAAUAAAAUGUUAAAAUAACAAAACAUCUGUUAAUCAUGCAAGAUUCUAAAUUGUAACCUCUCACACACAAUGCAAAAACUAAUCCUCUGAGCUACAUCACUUCAUCCAGAGGUUAGGCAAAUGAGCCCACCUAAACCAGAUUGGCCCCAGGUCUUUCUGAGAAAUGCUUGACUUUGCUGGCACUGUAUGCACAAGUUUACUGAUAGGACGUGAUUUCAUCAACAAUGAAAAAAAAAGAUUCAUCAGUCAAGAUGACAAGCUACGGGAACACUAAAGGUUAUUUUUACAUGAAUAUGCAAGCAUUCUCUUUCACAGGCAGCUUGACACAGCCUUGGAAUCGGGCUUAGACAGUAUCUGUUUCUAAAGCCUCGGACAGAUUUCACUCAGAAAUCAUUAUCUGUUACACAUCCAUGCAGGCCAUUGACAGAUUGUGUUUUCUAAAACAAAUAGCAAACCUAUGCUCAUCAAAAAAUGUCUGAUUUUAUUCAAAUGACGACCUACAAACACAGUCUGAGAUACGGAAAUGGAUGCACAGAAAAGAUGUGAUUUUAAUUAAGAAGAUUAGGAGCUUUUUUCAUUUUAUGUUUUCUAAUCAGUUUAGUUUCGGUUAUUAAAAAUCUUAGAGAUUACAGACUUGUAUUUUCCUUAUGAGGGAUUGCUAAUUAAUUGGUACAGACCAAAAUAAUGGGUGGAGAGAUCCAUCACUGACAAAAGUAUUCAUAACGAAGAACGUAAUCUACCUUUGUAAUAUUUUCCUAAAGAAAUAUAUUCUUAUUAAAAAAAGUCUAUUCUGUAUGUAUUGUGUAACCUGCUUCAAUGAACGUUUGAACAUUUUUGAGAUAAUAGAAUCAAGUAAUAUGCUAAAUUUAAAGUGAACAAUUAGAAUUAGAGUACUCUGUUAAAAACUGUAAAUUAUUACUUAAAAACAUUUUUGGAACUGUAAAAAUUCAAUAAAUUGUUUUUAAAAACAUAAUGCUGUAAUAUCAAAUUACUUUAAUUACAGCAAAGAUAUGGUAAACAACAUGAAUUCACUUUUUAAUGAAAACAAAAUCUGCAGAAAAUACAGACAGUUACCUGUUAAAGUAUUUCUUUUCCUACCAGUGAUACUAUUUAAAAUGAAUGUGUACACCCACACAUAUGCAUAUUUUUAACAUAAUGAUUUAAGGUUUACAUUUGAAUGUGUAAGGGAAAAUGUAAACUGUAUUUUUGCAUUUACUACCUCUUUUCAAAUGGUCUUGCAUUGUGACAAAUUACACAAUACAAAUAUAUCAUGCAGACUUUUGUUUUAUGUAAUAUACAUGAGAUAACAAAAAAACUAUGAUGGAUUACAUUGGACAUUUUUCAUAAGUCUUUCACAUUUCACAACUAUCCAUGCAUUGUGUUAACUGUUCUGUAAAAGUGUAGAGCAGAUGAAGUAUUGUUAAUGUUUGCUUGGAGCUCCUGCCGCCACCACAAGAGGCUCAGAACUGUGGCAGCUUUCUAGAAGUUAUUACUCCUGGCAUUAAUGGCAGUGCCCAACACAAAAUGGACCUGAAAAUGGAGUCAGCCCGUGCACUUAUGUGUAGGGUAUAUCCAUUUGGGGUCAGAGGAGAUUUAGGACAUCCACUUUUCCCACUUGUUUGAGUGCUGAGUUACUUUUUGCUGGUCAUAGGAAACAUUUAUAAUACAUGACAUAUCCUUUUUAUUAGCUCUCUACCUACAGGUUUGUAGAGUUCUGGGUUAUUACUGGGAACAAAGGCUUGGUGUUUUGUGAUGAAAAUGGUCCACCAAAUAGAAAGGAAAAUGUAUCUCGUCCCUUCGAUGAUUUAUGCUGGAUCCGCAUUUAUUAGGACUGAAUGUUCAUGCUGUUUUUUAAAUGGAUGUAUAAAAAUACCAGGACUAUACAUUUAAUCUCUGUGUAUUGUGUAAAAUGGUUUAUGGUAGCACAAUGGUCACUCAUUAAUUAUAAUCUUAAAAAUAAAAAAGUUAAACAUUAAAUCUAGGCCACCAAUGCCUUAAAACUAUAUGUGUUUUAAUAUUUGUUUGUAUCUGACUGUAUUUGCUUUACAUACAAGCUGAAAACUAGAAUUGAAUGCUAAUGCGUGUGGAUGAGAUGUAUGCAAAAUCCUGUGAUGUUUACUUUUUAUCUUGCGUUGAAAGAUGGCUGUUUACCUUUGUUGUGAAGUUGUUUUGUAGGAUUUCAAAUUGUAUCAUAUUCAGGCUUGUAUUCAGUGUGUUGAUAAUUUUAUGCUCCAUAUUAAUCCAACCUAUGACUGUUGUGACAGCCAAAUUGUGUUUGUGAUUAGAAGAUGAACUACAGAUUGAGAAUGUAAAACAAUAAAAGCAACAAUAGAUGAUAAAUGGGCAGUUCUGGAAAAAAAACAACUCAAAAGAAAUAAUUAUAUUGGAGGGUAAUGAAAUAAAUUAUUUUUUGAAGAUAACAUAUAGGUUAAAACUGAAAGGGAGUAACAUCAGAGAAAGUAUGAAAGUCUAUUAAAUGAGAAUGGAUUUUAGUGUAUGUAUAUUAUGGUGAAUAUAGAGUAGCAUAGACACUACUACAGUGUAUCAAGCGAAAUAAGAGAAUAUAAAGGGCAGUAUGUAGAGGAAAUACAUCAGCUCUUGGUUUAAUGAUACUUCAAUUUCCUUCUGCCACAAAAUCAUCACUUGUUCUUUACUUCAACACUAUGACUAUCAAUCUGGUUGUGUCUGAAGUCAAAACGUUCUGUGUGCUGAAAUUGGACUCUGCUUCCUGAAUUUUAAGCAAUUUCCCCCAGUGGCCAAAUAUGAAAUUAUUGUGUGGCCACUUUUGAAGUGCAAGAUAAAGAUAGUGCAAGAUAGAAGUGCAAGAUAGUAAACUUUAUAUGAAUCUAAACUUUGGUGGCUUCACAUUGGGUGACUCUUGUCAGUAAUUCAGCACAGCAGGGUCGAUUUUCAAGGCAUGAAUAUUUGCAACAAACAUGCAUAUUUCCCAGGGGAUCCUGUUGUAUUACAAUUGCCUGUAAUACAAAAGACGUACACCUGUUGCCCUUACAGUGUUUAAAUCUGCAUUCAAGCCAGUCAGAUCCUUGUUGGUCCGCUUAUGUUGUGUAAUGUAAUGCUGUACAAUACUAAUAUAAUAAAGUUUAUUA